AAGAAAAGAAAAGUUAAAAUAUAUGCAAAGAAAAAGAGAAGAGAGAUAUGGAGCUUGGGUUGAGUUUAGGAGAGACGGCAAAGCCAGCGGCAUUAGGGUUCAUGGACAGAGCCGAUCAUCAGAAAGAUUUAGGGUUUUGCAUGGGCUUGUCUAUUGGCUCAACCACAACUACCUCUCCGCCUCCUUCUCCUCCACAGCAACACCAAGAAGAUCAACGACAUGAAGAUGGUGAUGAUCAGGCUGACGAUGAUGAUGACAGUAUUGAUCAAAAUGAUACUACAGCACCAAAGAAAGCAAGGAGAAGUACGAUUUCUGAAGCUUUGUAUGGUACUGAUCAUCACGAACCUGUCCAGCUUGAUCUCCUGCCAAACACUCCAGUCCUCCCUUUUGAUCCAUCUUCUGCAAAUGGGAGUUCGGAGGCAGAUUCUCCCGGCCGGCAGAUGAUGGUGGGUUGUCUGAGGGGAUUUGAUGUGAACAGAGCCCCAAAUAAUACUAAUAAUAAUUUGAUUGAUCAAGAUCAGAGAAAUAAUAACGAGGAUGGUGCAGCGGUUUCCUCGUCGCCGAACAGUGGCUCUGCGUCGUCGUUGCAGAUAGAUUUCUGCAUUUACAGUGGGGGCGGCGGUAACCUUAAAGAUGGUCAUCAUCAUGACCAACUCGACAGAUCCAGAGCUUCUUCAAGAGGAGGGAGUGAUGAAGAUGAGAAUGGUAGCACCAGGAAGAAACUCAGGCUCUCCAAGGAACAGUCUGCUUUUCUCGAAGAAAGUUUCAAAGAACACAAUACUCUCAAUCCUAAACAAAAGCUUGCACUUGCCAAGCAGCUUAAUCUCCGGCCAAGACAAGUAGAAGUUUGGUUCCAGAACAGAAGAGCAAGGACAAAGCUGAAGCAAACAGAAGUAGAUUGUGAAUACUUGAAGAGAUGUUGUGAGACACUGACAGAAGAAAACAGAAGAUUACAAAAGGAGCUUCAAGAACUUAGAGCUUUAAAGACAUCAAGUCCAUUCUACAUGCAAUUACCAGCAACAACCCUAACCAUGUGUCCUUCUUGUGAGAGAGUUGCUACCAAUAAUCCCACUACUGACUCUUCACCUUCUGCUGCAACAUUCAUCAACAGGCCCUCAAGGUUGGCUUCUGCUAAUUACCCAUUUCCUCAACCAACCUCUACUAAUACCUCCAUAAUUCCUACUUCAAGAGAUGAUCAUAACAACAUUCAUGUUAAAAAUAUAGAGAAUUAAAAAAUUUCUUCUUUUUUUCUCAAAAUUAUUGGUGAUGAUCAUGAUCAUGUUGGGUCUCUUAUCUUUUUGUUUGUACAUAGGCAGGCUUUUAGACUCACAAAAGGGAAAAUUAUAUGUUAGCUAGCUCAAUUAAUUUUUCUCAUCUCUUUGGGGAAUUUUCUUAACUUUGUCAAAAAAAAAAAAAAUUAGGUUAUGGGUUCUUCUUUUCUUAAUUUUCUGGUCCCCUAAAAUCAAAGGUGUCAUUUGUGUUAAUCAAUUUUUUAGAGGAUGAAAACAAUCAUAUUAAAAGAUAGAAAGGAAUUACUACUAUGCUUAAUUAUGAAUCAUCAUACCCCAUAUUUAUUUUCCCCACUUUAUGAUCUCCUUUUUGCUAUUGUAUAUGCCUCAAUAUUUAUUUUUGGAAUUGGGGCCUAAAUUAUUUAUUUAUUUAUUUCUGUUAUAUGUAUCAUAAUUUUAUGCUUAUAAGUUGUGGUGCUUUUGUUGUCUUCU